AUGGAUCAACCUGGACCUUCAGGAAACAGUCGAAAGCGAAAGCGAGUAGCUCUAAAUACUUCGACAAAUGAAAAGACCUUAAGUCAGUGGAUAGAGGCUGAGUUGGAGCGAGACUUCAGUGAUGUGGACGAUGAAGACGUGGAUCCAGAUUUCUGUUUGCACAGUGAUCAUGACUCGGCUUCAGAACAAUCUGAGGAUGAAGAAACUCAAUCUCAACGACAAAGAUCACCCCGCAGUUCAGUUGCGAUGCAAGAUUCAGGUCUAUCUUCAAUACAAGAAAAUAUACACACAAAAUCCCAAAGAUACUACAUAGGAGUAAUAGUGUUCUGUGAAAAACUGAAGAUGGCAAAAGCAAAAGUUGGUAAAAAAAUAACAGGUAUUGCUGUGGAGUUGCCAGAAUGUCCUGUGUGCUUGGAGACUAUGUCUGCACCAAUUUUCCAAUGUCAGUCGGGGCACAGUCUUUGUCAUUUGUGUACUAAAAACUUGUGUCCGGCGUUAUGUCCUAUAUGUCGCCAACCUAUGACACAAAUGAGAAACUGGCAACUGGAAGAAAUUAUUGCAAAGGCAAAUGUACCAUGCCCUAACAAGUCUUAUGGUUGUGUUUACACAAUGACUUCUGAAGGUAUAGAUGAACAUCUCAGGGAGUGUAUUUUUCGUGAAAUGGUUUGCCCUCUCGGAGCUGUGUUUGGCAAAUGUUCUUGGACUGGUAAGCUCAAGGAGAUGAUGGAUCAUUUCAAAGAUCGUCACCCUCAAAAUUGCAAUAUUAAUACAGAUACUGAAGUGGAAUUUGAUAAUAUUUCAAUUCAUGAAGAUGAACGAUUUGUUUACUUGGUAUCUCAAGGAAAAUUACUUUUUAUUCUUACAAUGAAAAUUGAUACACUGAAAAAUAUUGCUUAUUGGGUAAUACAGCACAUAGGAAGUAAAAAUCAAGCCCAGCAGCAUAUUUACGAAAUACACAUCACUAGUAAACAAGACAACAGAAGAAAAGUAGUAUUUAUAGAUCACUGCUUUAAUGAUUCCUAUACAGCAGAUGGUGUGUAUCGUCUAGGAAAAUGUGGAAUAUUACCUUUAAAUGUACUUACACAUUUUAUUUUAAAUAAGAAAUUUUCAUUUAAAUUCUUUAUCAAAAGAAAUUCAGUUGGGCCCAAGAAUAAAUUUGAAAAGAUGACUGGCACUAACGAAAAUAAGCAACCCUUCACGGGACACAAAGGUCCUAAACCAAAAGGUACAAAUAAUACACAGCAUAGAAAUCCAAAACCUAAAAGUGGAAGAUCUAAAAGUCCCUUUAAUCCUAGACCUUAA